AAAAACAAUGAGCGCUAACAAAACGUGCAUGUGAUGUGAUGAAUUAAAUAUAAUAUAUAUGGAUGUCUUACUCUUCAAGCCUAAAAUGCAUGCUAAUGCGCGUCUUAGCUCGUGCAUCCUAAUAAGUUGCAUGUUUCCGCUUUGUGCGGUAGUCGGCGCGCUUACAUCCGGCCCUGUGAUCCGGACAGCGACCGGAAACGUCCGUGGGCAGGUGACGGACAUUGCCCGGGAGUUCUUAGGAAUACCCUUUGCCAAGCCACCUGUUGGAAGUAUGAGGUGGUCAAAGCCUCAACCGCCGGAUCCUUGGUCACCCGGAACACUAAACGCCACGGCCCGCCAACCCGCAUGUCCCCAAAAAUACUGUUACAAGUUCCUUCCAAAUGCCAGCUGCCCAGAUAUUUCACAGACGUCGGAAGACUGUCUCUAUCUGAACGUCUGGACGCCGCUGGAUGCUAACGUCACUUCCGGUUACCCUGUUAUGGCGUUUUUACACGGUGGCGCGUUUAAAUGGGGAUCGGCAUCCCUCCCGAUGUACGACGGCGGCAAGCUGGCUAUGGACGGUCACGUGAUUGUUGUCGACAUCGAGUACAGGAUCGGUUUACUUGGUUUCCUGUACACGGGUGACGGCCCAGGUGGAGCGACCGGAAACUACGGCAUCCUGGAUCAACGACUGGCCCUUCAGUGGAUACAAACCAACAUAGACGCAUUUGGGGGAGACCCGUUUAAAGUCACAUUGUUUGGCCAGAGCGCAGGGGCACAGUCCGUUUUCAUCCACGUGAUGUCACCACCCUCAAACAGCCUCUUCCGGGCCGCCAUCGUGGAGAGCGCACCGUUCGCCGUUCCCUACCGCACCAAGGACGAGGCCCGCCUCCUGGCCACCAAGUUUCGCGAAUUACUAAAGUGUCGGGAGGGAGACUUUCAGUGUCUCCUCAACAAGACGGUUGAGGAAAUCAACGACGCACAACAGGAUGUGACUUUUAAAAUCACAGGUGGGAAGCUGGAUGAGUAUUUUGAGCCGAUUGGUCCGGUCGUUGAUGGAGUUGAUGUGCCAAUGCAACCGAUGGCGGCGGCUCGACUCGGUAAAUUCCGUAAACUUCCGUUAAUGCUCGGAACCGUUACGGAAGAAGGAAGGCUAUUCGUGUAUGGAGCAUGGAAACUUAAUCUGAAAAGAACAGAAUACGAAGCAGCAUUGGCCGCAAUUCACCCGAGUCACUUUGAGGAAGUAGAGACCGAGUAUCCUCCAUCGGAUGUGCCAGAUCUAAGAGACGAGCUAUGUGAAGUGGUCACGGACUAUUUGUUCACGUGCGCCACUCGGAACGUUUCCGAAAACAUUUUAAAAGGAGGAAACAGCAGCACAUUUCUGUACGUGUUCGAUCACGCCACUAACGGAACUGGUGGGUGGGGCAAGGACACGUUUUGUGAAGGCCACGUGUGUCAUGCGGAAGAGCUCGCGUACAUCUUUCAAAACAGCUGGGUUAAAGGAACCCCUGACGAAGGGACCCUUUCGCAACUGAUGGUAUUAUACUGGAGCAACUUUGCUCACUCUAUGAACCCGAGUGUUGGUCCUAGGUCACCCCUUUUAAGAUGGUUUCCCUACAGUCCGGGUUCAAAAACUAUUAUGCAUUUUAAGACACCAACCCCUGAAUGUAUUACCCAGUUUCGCAAACAACAGUGCGAUUUCUGGGACACAGUAGGAUAUGAACUGUAGAAUGUGAUUAAAGUCACGGGAUUGAAAUAUGUUUUAGAUAUCAUGAUGUCAUAAAUCUGUUGAACUUUUAAACCCGAAAAUCUACAUGUCCAUAAAAAAGCAAAGACAAGUUGGGAAACACUUCAUGCAAUCGGACGUGUAGUUUGCAACUUAUUUUUACGUGCUACGUCAUCAAAGUAUGUGAACAACGUAAACGCCAAAACGUCCAGUUCUUUUCAGCUAGAUUUAAGUAGGCUUCUAUAAAAAAAAUCAAUUCACUAUUCUGGUAUGCAUACUGACAUGGUAUUAUUGACUUGUAUUGACCACGAGAAUUGACCAUAAGGAAAACGUUUUCGCAAGCUUUGUUAUACGUGUAAGAAAUCUAGCUGUUCUCUUGCAAACGUUCAUAAUACCCCGUUUAUUGCAUUAAAUCUGUACACCACAUUUAUGCUGGCACUCUUG